GAACGCAACGAGCCAGCCUGCUGUCUCGCCAUGAAUUUGCCCGUUUUAUUGCUAACAGCACUUCCCAUGUGCAUAGCACAAUUCACAAUACAGGGAUCCACUGAUGGGGAUCGAGUUUCCCAGGGUUUAAGAGUAGACGACGAGAGAGGACUGGAGUACAUAGGAGGACAAAGUGGGCAGGGUGGCUCCUCUAUUCAAGGUGCCACCGACGGUCAUUCGAAUUAUCAGAUUCAGGGUGCCUCGAAUGCCGGCGGACAAAGAUAUUUACAGUCAGCUGAACCUGAGACGUUUAAUAUUCAGGGACCCUCGGAUAGUUUCGGCACGUCAGGGUACAUUUCAGGCGUUCACGACACUGUACCAGGUGAACAGAAGUCUUUUUCGUACAGGGAUCCCAGCGGUUCGAGUGUCAGCUGGAGGUCCUACGAUCGCAAGGUACCCCCAGAGCAACAACCGGAACAACAAUAUUCUGCUCCUCAGCCAGCACCCUAUAGGCCACGCGCACAAGCGAGGCCGCAACCGCAGCCACAACACCAACCACAACACCAACCACGCCGGCAACCACAAGCACCACAACAGCCUUUCAUACCAACAAGGCCGUUCGACAACGCUCCCUCGCACAUCAAGGAAAUCCUCCAAUAUCAACAGCAACUUCCGUACACGAACAUCAUUCCUGAACCCUACAGAUAUGACAACUUAAUAGCAGCAGCAGGAAAGCAGCAGCAACAGCAACAGCAGCAAGCUCUAUAUGAAAGCGACGAUCAAGAUCAACCUGAGCCACGACGUCCUAAUUAUCGCGGCAAAUAUAGACAAAGGCGACAGACGAAGCAACAACCACCAGCUGAACGUCCGAUUAGGUACAACAAUAAUCCGCCACCAGCCAGUAUCCAACAAGUACUGAAAUUCCAGUUUAAUACUCCAUACACCAAUGGAAUCCCUGAACCUUUCAGAUUCAACGCUGAGGCAGCUGCGCAGGAACAAUUGGAGCAGGUCCAGGCCCAUUACCGACAAUUAGCAGCGGAGGCAGCGCAUCCUAGGCAAAAAAGACAAGCGCAACAGUAUCAACAACAACAGCAAUAUCGUCAACCUCAACAGUAUCGUCAACCUCAACAGUAUCGUCAACCUCAACAGUAUAGUCAACCUCAACAGUAUCGUCAACCUCAACAGUAUCGUCAACCGCAACAACAACCACAGCCUCAACGACCACCACCAGAGCCGCAGCCUCAGUACAACCCCAAUGCUCCAGGCUACAUCCAAGAGGUGCUGAAGUUCCAAUCUCAGAUCCCUUACAAUAUCUUGCCCAAUCAGAUCUCCAUUCGUCCUGAGAAGCCGUACGUACCUCAGCCCGUUCAACCUGCAGUCGAGCCUCAAGUGCAGUACCAAGGCCAACGGGACCCGUAUCAAGGUCAAUCGAGUGCAUACAAUCAGGUGUACGGCGACCAGUCUCAGCUAUCUCAGUAUCAGCAAUCUGCUCCGGGACAGUCGCCGUUGCAACAGUACGGGAGCGGUGUUCGUCCUGUCACCGAAAACCAAUACUGAACGAUGAUUGAUGCAUGAAUUUUUUCUCUCCAUCGGACGUUCAUCUCGUUACCGAUCGAUAUACACGGGGCUGCGUGUAUCGAUAUUUUCAGAUCGUGUGUUAAAGAAAAUGAAAAAAACAAAAGUAUAAUCGGAGAAAAAAAUCACUGCACAAUUUUGCUAGGAGAAAAGGAUCGUGUCGAAUAAGUAUCACAGCUGCGGAGGGUUAAUUAUUUAUCAAACAUGGAUGCGACGUCGCGUUCAAUUCGUCGAAUAGAAGAUCAUUUUGUUGUUACUUCGUUACACGUAAAUU